AUGGACAAGCUCCUGCUUUGGGUCUUCGCCCUUGCCACUCUCCCGGGAGCCUCUGCUCAGACAGACCUCAGCGGGAAGGUGCUUGUAUUCCCUCAAGAAUCUUCUACUGACCACGUGACCUUGACUCCAAAGCUGGAGAAGCCUCUGAAGAGCUUUACCUUGUGCUUCCGAGCCUACAGUGACCUGACCCGUGCCCACAGCCUCUUCUCCUACAAUGCCCAGGGCAAGGACAAUGAGAUCCUGGUCUACAAGGAAAGAGCUGGGCAGUACUCGCUACACGUUGGAGGAACCAAAGUCACCUCCAAAGUUGCCGAGGAGUUCCCCAGCCCCACGCACAUCUGUGUCACCUGGGAGUCUUCUACCGGCAUUGCCGAGUUUUGGAUCAACGGGAAGCCACUGGUGAAGAAGGGCCUGAGGAAGGGCUACUCGGUGGCAACCAAGCCCAAGAUCAUCCUGGGGCAGGAGCAGGAUUCCUAUGGAGGGGGGUUUCAGAAGAACCAGUCCUUUGUGGGGGAGAUUGGGGACUUGUACAUGUGGGACUCCGUGCUGUCUGCACAACAGAUCAUGUCUGUGCAGCAAGGUUCCUACCUUCUUGAUCCCAACGUCCUGGACUGGAGUGCUCUGGACUAUGAGAUCCAAGGCUAUGUCGUCAUCAAGCCCCUGGUCUGGAACUGA